AACUAAUCCACCCACUAAUCCAACGGCUGUAAUCACCUUACCCUUCCUACAUAUACGUCGCACCUACCCCGCUCUUUGUUGUCGUGCCGCACCAUCUCGUUUUCUCCGAAACUGCUCUGUCUUCACCGAUCCAAAACUCCACUUCCAUGGCUACCAUCAAGUGCCUCAAGGCCCGUCAGAUCUUUGACAGCCGUGGCAAUCCCACAGUUGAGGUUGAUGUGCAUUUGUCUGAUGGCACCUGGUCCCGGGCUGCUGUUCCCAGCGGUGCCUCAACCGGAAUCUACGAAGCCCUCGAAUUGAGGGAUGGAGGAUCAGAAUACCUCGGAAAAGGUGUUUCAAAGGCUGUUAAUAAUGUCAACUCAAUUAUUGCCCCUGCACUUGUUGGCAAGAAUCCUUCUGAUCAGACCGCUAUUGAUAAUUUCAUGGUUCAUCAACUUGAUGGCACUCAGAAUGAGUGGGGUUGGUGCAAGCAAAAGCUAGGUGCAAAUGCUAUACUAGCAGUAUCUCUUGCUGUGUGCAAAGCAGGUGCUGCAGUAAAAAAUAUUCCUCUCUACCAGCAUAUUGCAAACCUUGCUGGCAACAAGAAGUUGGUCUUGCCAGUUCCAGCUUUUAAUGUCAUCAAUGGUGGAUCCCAUGCUGGAAACAAACUUGCCAUGCAGGAGUUUAUGAUUCUCCCUGUUGGAGCUUCCAGUUUCAAAGAGGCCAUGAAGAUGGGUUGUGAAGUAUACCACCACUUGAAGUCUGUAAUCAAGAAGAAAUAUGGACAGGAUGCCACCAAUGUUGGGGAUGAGGGAGGUUUUGCUCCCAACAUCCAGGAGAACAAGGAAGGCCUUGAUUUGCUAAAGACUGCUAUAGAGAAGGCAGGAUAUACUGGGAAAGUUGUUAUUGGAAUGGAUGUUGCUGCCUCAGAGUUCUAUGGGCAAGACAAAUUAUAUGAUUUGAACUUCAAAGAGGAGAAAAAUGAUGGCUCAAAGAAGAUCUCAGGUGACCAGCUUAAGGAUCUUUACAAGUCAUUUGUGGCUGAGUACCCUAUUGUUUCCAUUGAAGAUCCAUUCGACCAAGAUGACUGGGAACACUAUGCUAAAAUGACUGCGGAGAUAGGGGAGAAAGUGCAGAUUGUAGGAGAUGAUCUCCUUGUCACCAACCCUAAGAGGGUUGCCAAGGCAAUUGAAGGCAAAUCAUGCAAUGCCCUUCUUCUUAAGGUUAACCAAAUUGGAACUGUGACUGAGAGUAUUGAAGCUGUAAAAAUGUCUAAGAGAGCGGGUUGGGGUGCCAUGACAAGUCACCGCAGUGGAGAGACAGAGGAUACGUUUAUUGCUGAUCUUGCUGUGGGUUUGUCAACGGGUCAAAUUAAGACCGGAGCUCCCUGCCGGUCAGAGCGUCUGGCUAAGUAUAACCAGCUGUUGAGAAUUGAGGAGGAGCUCGGUUCAGCAGCUGUUUAUGCAGGAGCCAGCUUCCGCACACCAUGGUCUGCUGCUUGAGAUGUAAUGCUGCCUAUCACAUUGAAGAGUAUGGGUGGCGACCCACUUAUUUAAUAAUACGAAUAAAAACUUUUAAGUAGAAUCGAAGUUUUGUUCUGAGGUUUCAACUGUUGAUUUGCAACAGUUCUCUUCGGUUGUAUACUAGCCAAUAUUUCAGUUUUUGAAUUCCAAACCUGGUCAGGUCUCUCUUAUUUCUAUAAUUUUAAUGUUCGGUUUUUGGCAGAUCCAUCAUCCAUUUAUUGAUAUUUUCUGCAAAGCUCAUCUGGCAGCUUUCUUAGUCAAAGUUUGGUCACUCAAGUUUGCAACACAAAAUGUUGCUCUUUAUUUGCUUAUUACUCCCUGUCACAAAAACUUCUUCUCAUUUACCAUUUUUGGAUGUCUCAAAAAAAAAUUUCUAUUCGACUUUGGAAAAUUGUGUGGCUCACAUUCAUGUAUCUUUUUUCUAACAUUUUCACUUAAUUCCUACUUUCCUACGGAGUAAUACUUUUUGGGAUGAGGUAGUGUAUAGGACCUUAUAGGUACAAGUAGGGUUGUAAUAAUUCAAAUAUUUUGCGUUUGAAUUCAAAUAACUUGAAUAAUACUACAAAUAUGA